AUGAAGGACGACAGCGCAUAUCAUCAUUUACAACCGCGAAAUCCACGGUCGCGAUACCUUCCGCCUGAGACUGCGCCGGUCUAUGGGACACCUCCACUAGAGCAGACGUUAUCUUUCACUGAUAUCGCCCCUCCCGGACAUAUCGUUAAUUCUUCAUCGUGCUCUACUUCUGUAUCGAGCUUUAACGACUUGUCAAACCUAGAUCCGAAUUGUCUGCGACAUCCAAAGGCGGUUCAACAUCCAUCGACUCUAAUUCAGCAUUCAUGCCAGUUCGCCAUGGACCAAAACUUUAUCCCCAGCUCCGAUUGCACUAAUUAUACUUCCCCUUUCGACACUGGGGGUCCAGAGCCCAUGGCGGCUUCUGCAGGUCAGAUCUUGUCUGAUGGGGAAUCCGAUGAUGAGAAGUCUGAUGAGCCCUACUCCAAAUUAAUAUGGCGAGCCCUUCAGUCCGUUCCUGACAAUAAGAUGACACUGAAAGAGAUUUACGAAUGGUUCGAAAAGAAUACGAAUAAGGCAAGGAAUUCAGAUUCAAAGGGCUGGCAAAAUAGCAUACGACAUAACCUGUCAAUGAAUGCAGCAUUCGAAGGUGUGAAAGACACUUCAUCUCCUGAUGGGACACCGAGGAAAACGGCGAAUGUAUGGGUCCUUACCAAAGAAGCACUCCAAAACGGUGUGCAAUCAACUACAAGGUACCGAAAAGUGGGAAGUCACAAAAAGCAUUCAAAAUUAGAACAUCCGGCUCCUCAACGCCAAAGAUCUGGGGCCAAGGGAGGCAAGGCUGCCAAGAAAACUUCCAAAAUGAGGCGUGUUAAACAGGACCCUCACGUAGUGGAAACGGCCAACAGGAGUGCAGCUUUCUAUAACUACCAACCCCGGGAUGACAAUACUAUGAUCCCCAACUUUCAUUAUCGGCCCCAACUAUUUUCUGGCCAUUCAGGCGGUUUCACACUGGAUAACUAUGGUCUCGAGAAUGUGAUCGGCACGCAUCCGGUCUCGGAUUUGCACGACAGUAGCGUACUCUCUGAUCCCCUAUUUUCAGAAAGCAAUGGAUUUGGCACCCUUUUUUGA